GGCCGACUCGGGAAUUUGUAUGGAUGUCUCUUUUUGCACUGCCAUUCAUUCCCUCCUUUAACAACUUUGUCUCUCUUUCUCUCGAUGUAUUGAUUUUUGACUUACGCUCUCUUUCAAUGUGAUUCCCUCAUCUUACUAUACGUUCUUUACUAUUUACACUCUUUUUAUGAACAAUGUCUGAUUUCUCGAAUGCGACUUCGGUCCGAAUACAGCCUCCUCGCCGUUCUGCUACCCUUCCUCCUAAACUCAGUCUUCAAAAGCAACGCAAUUCCGACUCGUUGAAUCCCUCAGCAGACGACCUUUUCUUCCAUCCAUGCGCCAAAGUUGUUCAUUUCGCUCCUAGAGCUUUAGCCCCGAUCCCAUCCAGCACGGCUCCCUCCGAUUUUGAUUACCCGGUUGAUACUAUCGAGACCCUGCCGUGGCGAUCACCCUCUGAGAGAACGGUCGCGUUUGCACCAUUGAGACUGCAGAAUGUGCAUGGACUGACUGUGUUUUUGAAAUGUGGCGGUGUGGUGCAUGCGAUCCUCAAGAACUCUCAGUGUUGGUGUGUCGACGGCGAGUCUACGUUUGUUCUGCGUGUUCGACCGCUCACGUAUUAUCGCAUUGAACUGCCUAGUUCGACGGAAAACAAUGAGAACUACGUUCUACAAUUGAAGGAUGUUUUGCCCACAAUCCUGCGUUACGAGAUUACGCCCUGUCCCUUCAAAAGGGGGUUUACCGUGGAGAUACCGGAGGAGGCCAAGAUCAAGAAGCGCAGAAAGGCAUGGCGUCCCAAGGGACGAAGGGAGAGCGCGCCCGCGUCGUCGACUGUUUCUCAAGGGUCAAACCCCAAAGAUGAGGAAGGGUGCAAGGGCAUCAGUGUCAUGAAGAGAGGCAGCGCUUGUACGGUCUUGGAGACAAUCCCAGACGAGAAUCAGUUGCUCUCUCCUACAAGUGUUCCUGAAGGCUGGGAUAUACCUCAGCGUUCAGUCACCGACACACAAAGCCUCCAAACCUUGCUGGCAAGGUUCGACAAUACCAAAACAGAAUCGCAGGUCGAUCCUGACACAUCAUAUUCUUCAAGCGUCAAUUCUUUUCACUCGAUAGAUGGUUACAUGCGCCCUGAGUUCAGUGCACGUUCGACUUCUACUUCUCCAUCGUCCGUUGACCACAACGAGCUGGACCAGGACCAGCACUAUGAAGCUGGAAAAUUCUUCAAGGAUGUGGAUUAUUCUGACAACCGUCCUUCCACUAGCUACUCGGAUGGAAGUUUGUGUCAAGCACCCCAAUCUCCUAUGACUCGUCGAAAACCGGAAUCCAAGCCAUUGGAGAUUCCAGCUACGUCAACUGAGAACCCGAGCAGCCUCUCACCGAUUGAGACGAACAAAGACACCAUGAGUAGGGAAUUUCGACGCCGUGCCAAAGCAUCCACACAGAGAGAAAUCUCCCCGAUGUCUCCACCAUCGACUCUGCACCGGUCAAGUCCAUCUAGGAAGAAUGAUGCGAAGUCAAUUGUUCAGAAGACCUGCACAGUCGUUCUGGUGCCAUCUGUUCAACUAUUGAUCAUUCUUAUUCAUAUUGCCGCGCAGAUUGUUAUUGGUCCUGCCCUGAAUUCAAUGAGUGACGCUCACCGGAGACUUGAAUUCCAAGCGCCUGAUUCCGAAGAUACCGUGGAUGACUUCGAUCUCCCUCUUGAGUGCUUUGACUCCCAAGAUAAAAAGUAUGAUGUUUGGGCACUGGAAUAAUUAGCAUUCUACUGCACGCUUCAUUUCUUGACCUUCUUUUACCUUUAUUACUAUUUUUUCAGUCUGCUCUGCAUAUUUGAUUGUGCUUGCCGUCCUUCUUUUUCUGUUACGUGGCUGAUCACUGAUUUAUCCUAUUGUCUGUUCUCUAUGAAUUCGGGUCAUGACUGGGUUAAUGUCUCCUUACGUGUUAGUUUAAUGAUUGUACCCUAGCGC